AGUGUCUGUAGUGUGUUAAAAAACGCAGAUCAGUUGCUUGCUAGCAUUACUCUUACCUUAUCAAGGAAUUGUAAUAGCACAGCAAAUCCGAAUUUUCGUUUCCCUCUCUUCUCUGUUACUGGAGCUUCGACUUCUUCGACUGUUCACCAUUGGCACACUCGAAAGAGAAGUUUGUUUGCAGGCUUAGAUAAUAGCUCACAUCAAUCGGAUAAGUGGUUAGAGAUAGACUCUCUGUCGUUGGUGUUCUGCCGAAAUGCUAUCUUAGCUACAACAGAAGCAGAGCACGAAUGGGGUCCUGUUUCAAUAACUCUUCACUUGCAUGCUCUCAUCUUCUAGCCAGCGAUUUUUCCAGGCCAUUAAAGCUUCCCAAAAUUCUGCAUUUGCAGAAAGGACAAUUUUGUAGGUCCCGGAGGGCUACCCAGUUUUGGGCUUUCCAUGGCCUCACAACUCCUCCAUACAAACUUGAUGCAUUGGAACCGUAUAUGAGCCAGAGGACACUGGAAAUGCACUGGGGAAAACACCAUCGUGGCUACGUGGACUGUUUGAAUAAACAGCUUGAGAAUAACAAUGUAUUAUAUGGGUACACCAUGGAUGAACUUGUCAAAGCAACCUACAACAAUGGGAACCCUUUGCCAGAAUUUAACAAUGCUGCCCAGGUGUGGAACCAUGAUUUCUUUUGGGAAUCUAUGCAGCCUGAUGGGGGCAAAACACCUGAAGGAGGUGUCCUUCAGAAAAUUGAAAAGGAUUUUGGUUCCUUUGCUAACUUCAAGGAGAAGUUUGUAAAUGCAGCACUCUCAGUUUUUGGUUCUGGCUGGAUUUGGCUCGUCUUGAAGACUAAAGAAAAAAGGCUUGAGGUGGUUAAAACAUCAAAUGCCGUUACUCCACUUGUCUGGGGUGAUAUUCCAAUCAUAAGUUUGGAUAUGUGGGAGCAUGCUUAUUAUCUAGAUUACAAGAACGACAGAGGCAAAUAUGUCAACAUCUUUAUGAAUCACCUUGUAUCAUGGAAUGCUGCAAAGGCUCGCAUGGCCCGUGCAGAGGCCUUUGUGAAUUUAGGAGAGCCGAAGAUUCCUGUGGCUUGAAAUGCUCCAUGCCUCCAUUUUUUGUUGAAAUAGUUCUUUUGACGUAUUGACCCUUUUUCAUGUUGGACUUGAAAUGCAUAUGCCAUGGCAUUGAUGGCUCAAAUGUGUAUACUGAUUUUUACCAGCAAAGAAACACCAGAGUUGUUACGAGUGCCCAAUGGAUAGAUGCUUAGAUAUUGAGAUGAUAAUA